AUGCCCACCAUCGGAUGGAAUGAUUCAACCUUCGUGAAUGCAUGGAACAGCCAUGUCGAUACCUACAAGGCCCAUCAUCCCGGACAGUUCAGUGACAAGGAGUACAGAAGGUUGGAGACGCCUCCGCCGCGACCCGUCGAGGAGAUUGAACAGGUCAAGCCUGAGAAAAUGAUUGAUGAUACCAUGAAUGCGUCAGAGCCUCAGACGACUGGCUACUUUCCAGAGGAAUUAAGAAGCGUUGAUCCAGAGUUACGUGAAAAGCUGAUGGCAUGGUACACCGCAGGCUACCAAGCUGGGUACUACGCCGGCCAACAAGCAGCAUUUGCAGAAGAGCCUGCAGCAUCCAAUGCAGACUGCAAUGCAACGGAGGCAGCGCGAUGA